ACCUGUGAUUUAGUCGCAUGUACAAAUAUCCAUUAAACUGCUUCUGCAUAACCAUUUCCAACCUCAGCUUUAUCUUUUUUGUCCUCCCCAUUUAUUUAUAUUCAAUUUUUUCCGCAGAAGUUUGAAUUAAUUUCCUGUGGUUUGAUAUUCAGUCUCAACUCUGAAAUGGAGAUAGAUUUUUUAGGUUUGAUUUCGAAACAGUCGCAGAAAUUGGAGAAAGGGAGAAGGAAGAAUACAUUCAAAGAUUCAGCCAUCCGAGGAGCUGACAUAUCCUUAUCCCUUAGUACUAUCAGUUCUUCAGUGGAUUUGAAGGGAGAGCCUCUGAGUUUUGGGGAGAUUAAUGGAUGGACAGUUCCUAUCAAUAAUAUGAUUCCUACAUGUGAAGGCAGCUUGGAGAAAGAUCAUGCGAGAGAAAAAUUGUCUCGAGCUUGUGUACAAACACCAAUUAACAAACUCUCUUCAACCACGGGCUUCCCUUAUGAUCUGAAUGAGAAACCUACCGACUCAAGGAAUAUUUUUGAGCCCACAGCCCAGCCAGCUUUUUUGACCCUUUUGCAUUCUGGUGCUGCUCAUGUCUUCCAUGAAAUUUUACCAGAUAAGGCUAAUCACCUGAUGCGUGUGUCCAGCAAGUCUUCCUUGGUUACUUCUACUAACGAAAAAUGCACAAGGGGCUAUCGUUAUACUCCAACGGUGGCAAUGGCUCGGAGGGCAACCUUGGCCAGAUUUUUGGAGAAGCGCAUGCAUCGAUUGACACGUACAAAGACAGCAAACGUUACCAGAAAAUCACCAGAUGCAACCAGUUCUCAAACCUGGAAUGUAAAUAUAAGAUGCAACAAGAAGAACAACAGUAUUAUCAAGUUGUGAUAUGAAAAGGAAGCCUUCGGAUGAAAAUCAACACGAGGGCUUAGCAAAAGAAACAGGAAACAAGAUGGGGAAGCUCUAUGACCUCCAUCAAUGAAUUUCUGCUCUCAGUUGAAGCUUAGCAAGGUUUAAAAGAUUUGAGUAUUUAAUAAUUAGUGUAAAUCUCCUUAUUACCUUUCUUGCAAUAAUUGCUAAAAACUAUUCUUUCAAAGUAUCUACACAUUCCUUUUUAUAUACAGAAUUUGACCA